CUUCGACAGAUACUUCUUAGACUGCGCGGAGUACGCAAGGAUCAUGACCGCAACUAUCGCCCGCGACGACCAGAUCUGCGCAGAGGCGGCCGGUGUUUGGUACAGCGGCUCCUACUCGGAGCGGGACGACGCCGACUUCACCGCGGCCGAGAUGUGCUGCAUCUGCGGAGGUGGCAGGCUCAAUGUGAAGAGCUCUGCAGAGUGCUGGGACAGGUGGACUGAGGACUGCACAGCGAUGCCGCGGGAGAACCUCGCGUGGUUUCGCUACGUGCGUGGCCUCUUCCAGUACUUGUACACCAAGCCUGGGUUCGAGGACGGCGUGAAGAACGUCGUCAAUGAAGACUACGUCGGCAUCGCCCCGUCGGAGCGAGAAGCGGAGGUAAUCGUGCAGUCCAUCACGCUCGGUUGGUUCUUCCGGAUGCUGGCAACCUCGAGCGAUUGGGAGAUCGCGCCAGGCAUACCGCACCCUCGCGGUCUGACCGGCUGCGCGUUCCUCGCCUCGUACGAGAUCGCCGCUCUCCUCAAUCUAGACCUGUGCAAUCCGGUCGAGGGCACGUCCAUCAAAUCCGAGAGGCUCCGUCCCCUGCCGCCGGCCCCGUCCCUCGUCCUGAGCACGAACUAUGGCACCGAGAAGAACACUCUUGUCCACAAGCACUGA